AUGAAAGAAAGAUUUCUAGUUACAGGAGGUGCGGGGUUCAUGGGGUCCCAUAUGAUAGAUUUCCUUUUGGAGAGUUAUCCAGAAUCCACGGUUAUCUGUGUUGAUAAGUUAUCGUACGCAAGUAACUACCUGAUGGUGAAUUUGAGCAGAGCAAAGAACCAUCCUAACUUUGAGUUUAUCCACCUUGACAUGUCAACAGAUUACCAGGAACUAGAGGACUUGGUAAUGGGAAUCUCACACUCGGGGGCCCCAGAUGAACCUGUCACCACAGUCCUCAAUUUUGCUUCUGAAACUUGUGUGGAUCUGUCAUUUGAAGAUCCCUGUUUCUAUACUCGAAACAACAUCAUGGCUACACAGAACCUUUUGGAAUGUUGCAGGAUGCUCUUACGGAAGCAUCCACUACAUUCUGACGAUUUUGCGUUCAUUCAUAUUUCAACGGAUGAGGUUUAUGGUGAACAAAAUCAUCUAGACUCUGCCAAUGAAGAUUCACGCCUACGGCCAUCGAACCCUUAUUCUGCUACCAAAGCAGCAUGCGAUCUCAUCAUUCAUGCCUACUGGCAGAGUUUCAAGAUGCCAAUCAUAAUUCUUCGUCCCAACAACGUAUAUGGACCCAGGCAAUAUCCAGAAAAGUUAGUUGCGGUGACUUUGAAGGCACUUCUGCAUUGUAAGCCUAAUAGAGAACUUCCUAAAGAGUACCGUAUACCGAUUCACGGUGAUGGCCACUAUACAAGACGAUAUUUGCAUGUAUCUGACCUCGUAAGGGCAGUGGAUAUGGUUAGGAACAAGUUUCGGAAAGCAGGGCACGUCAAAGAUUGGACGGGGCAGAUCAUAAAUAUCGGCACACGAGACGAGAUUAAGAACAUUGAUUUCGUGAAAGAAAUCUGUGACAUUUACAUGAAAGAAAAAUAUGGGGUUGAAGCUGAUCUACUGAAAUUGGUUUAUUUCAGUAAGGACAGACAAUUUAACGAUGCUCGUUAUGCUACAGAUUUGAGCAAGAUCAACCAACUCGGGUGGAAACCGAAUAUUAAAUUAGAUGCGGGAAUACGUGACUUGGUGUUAAUGACAAUUAAUGAAGGUACUGGAAUAUAG